UCACCUGAUCACUCCAGCUUUUAGCAACACUGUGUUAUAACGCGGUUGUUUCCUGUCCGUGUAUUUCUAUGAAUAGCCGCUCUAAUUGACGCUAUGUGGUCGUGGCUGUACCUCAAUCUCCUCCUGACUCCUGCGUUCGCAGGGAAGAUGAAGAUCGUGGACGAACCGAACACGUUCGGAUUGAACAACGCUAUUCUGGCUCAAGGGAGCCGAUUACAGCCCCGAGUGACGCCGUCCCCCGUCUCCGGUCCAGCCCAUCUCCAUCAUUUGGCUGGAAAGUGUUUCAGUUUAAUAGAGUCGAUGUAUAAAUAUGAAUUCUGUCCAUUCCACAACGUCACACAACAUGAGCAGUCCUUCAGAUGGAACGCCUACAGUGGAAUCCUGGGGAUCUGGCAGCAGUGGGAGAUGGUGAACAACUCCUUCACCGGCAUGUGGAUGAGCGAGGGGGACGCAUGCGCCAGUAGGAACAGGCAGACCAAGGUCCACCUGACGUGUGGCGUGGGCAGCCGCCUGGCCGCCGUGUCCGAGCCCAGCACCUGUGUUUACCACCUGACCUUCGAGACGCCGCUGGUCUGCCAUCCACACUCCCUCCUCGUGUACCCCACCCUGAGUGAGCUGCUGCAGAAGGAAUGGGACGAGGCGGAACAAGCUCGCUACGAAGGCCUCAUCACAGAGCAGGGGUACAACAAUCUUCUGAGGGAUAUCUUUGAAGAUGCUGGUUUGCUGAAGAGCCAGAGAGUGAAGGUGAAAGCCGAACUCCCCGGUCUCCCAAAGACACACUCGUCCCUCCAGGAGUGUAGCGAGGACUACCAGAAACAGAGUGAAGAAAUGGAAAGACUACGCGCGCUCCUCACCAAAAACAACAUUCCCUUUGACUCCACCGGCGGCAGGGCUCCAGCCAGCUCUACGGCCCCCAACCCACAACAACAAAGGGGAGAUCCUGGCGCCCUGGACCUGAUGUGAAAGUUAUUUUUGAUAUUUUCAGGAGUUCUUCGUGUUGUAACGGAGGACUUGGGCAACUAAAGGGAAGCUUGUUGAAUGUGGAUAUAAAUCUAAAGAGUCGGCAUGGAGAAUAAAGAUUUUAGUAUUCUGGUUUUCUAUACGAUUGUAUUACCUUUGUUAGGCUAAAGAUAUUAUAUACAUUACAUCAUUACAACUUGUUUGUACUACACCCCCUGCUGGUGUAACUGCGAUAUCGCUCUUGUACUAUGAGUGCUAUUCAUUCUAUCCAAUGCCUGAAGGGAGGCGGGGGGUUUGUGUAAAUGUAAAUAUCCCAAGAUGAGAAUGAACCGUCCUAAUUGACCUCAAUCUCCAGUUGCUGGUGAACCAAUUGCUUAGCAAUAUUAGGCUGUUAUUAGGUUUUUCGGAAGUUAACACCAUUCGGUAUCGUGAAGGUUAGUACACACAGGUCCCAGAUAGUAGACUAGUAUACUCAGUUAAACCAAUACCAAUAUGCAAUUUAGUUAAUGAUGUUUAUUUGUUCCAGAAGGCGACCCUCUAAGACAUUAGACUGAACGGGACCACAGCAGGUCCGUCUGUCCCUCCCUGUAGCCCAUAGGAGCCGACCCUACAGAUAACAGAUUCAUCCAUACCCCUCUGUAAAAACAAAGGCUUUGUGAUCAAUAAUGGACGUCUAGGUCAGAAAUACAGAUAGAGUUGAUAUGUUACAAGAAACCGUGCCCACAUCAAAAUAUAAAAAUGGAUAGUCACAG